AUUCUCAACAAUAAACAACUCAGCUAGUCUGAAUUAUUUUCAAAAAAAUAAAUAAAUAAAUAUGAAAAUUUUUAGUUUAAUUUUAUUCCUCGUCUUUGUCCAUGAAAUAAAGACCGGUAGCAUACGUGUGUGUGGUCCUGGACUGGCUGAAUUGUUGGAUGCGGUGUGUGAAGAUGGCUUUAAUGGAAUGCAACUUAGCAAAAAGUCAAUUAGUAAACCAUUGACUCAACAGUUUGGCAUUUUAAAUAUGCUUGAUGGGCUUGAUGACGAAACUCCCCAUGCAUCCAAUUCUUUGUUGAGAUAUAUACUGUAUGGCGAACAUAUGAAUGAUUUGGCUAAAAUUCGUCGACAACGACACCGAACUGGCGUUUAUGAUGAAUGCUGUCGCAAGCGUUGCACUACGGAAGAGCUGAAGAGUUAUUGUCUUUAGUUUAUUGACAUUUGAGGGUCGUUUGUUUAAAACAAAAUAAUAAUAAUAAUUAAAAAGUACCUUAUAUAUCAUAUUAUUAUGAAGUUAUAUCAAAAUGUUAAUUACCUAAA